CUGUCAUCACCAAACAUGGAGGUUCGUAUGACGGAAACUUCGCCAGAUUAUGACAUGGUAUCUGCAGAGACGGAUACCGGUAUUGAACACCAUCUCAAGACAAGAAAGGACUUCGAGAAGCAUGUCGGCAAGGACAAUGGCCACUGGCACCUGAAGCACAAGGUCGAGGAGAUCCACGCACGCAACAUUGAGUCAGGAGUCAAACCUCGACAAUUGGGCGUGACAUGGAACAACCUCAGUGUGGAAGUCAUGAGUGCAGACGCAGCCAUCAAUGAAAAUGUGGCUUCGCAGUUCAACAUUCCGAAAUUGUUCAAGGAGGCUCGCCACAAACCUCCGUUGAAAAAGAUCCUCAAUGAGAGUCAUGGCUGCGUCAAGCCAGGAGAGAUGCUCCUGGUCCUCGGAAGACCCGGUUCCGGUUGUACAACUUUGCUCAACAUUAUCGCCAAUCGUCGUCGUGGCUAUGGUUCUGUGUUGGGGGAUGUCUGGUAUGGCUCUAUGCCUGCUAGCGAAGCAACCCAGUAUCGGGGGCAGAUUGUCAUGAAUACGGAAGAAGAACUCUUCUAUCCAACUUUGACUGUUGCUCAGACCAUGGACUUUGCAACCCGCAUGAAGGUCCCCUUCCACCUUCCCGACAACGUACCAUCCGCUGAGCAAUAUCAAACCAUGAACCGUGAUUUUCUUCUGCAAUCGAUGAGUAUUGAACACACUCAUGAGACGAAAGUCGGCAACGAAUAUGUCCGAGGAGUUUCCGGAGGUGAGCGGAAGCGUGUCUCGAUUAUUGAAACUCUCGCCACCCGGGGCUCAGUUUUCUGCUGGGAUAAUAGUACGAGAGGGCUAGACGCAAGCUCUGCAUUAGACUACAUCAAAGCUAUCCGCGCUAUGACUGAUGUGCUCGGCCUAACAUCGAUCGUGACAUUAUAUCAGGCUGGAAAUGGUAUUUAUGACCUAUUCGACAAAGUUCUUGUCUUGGAUGUAGGCAAUCAAAUCUAUUACGGCCCGAUGACAGAAGCCCGUUCAUUCAUGGAGAAUCUUGGUUUCGUCUGUCAAGACGGUUCCAAUGUUGCUGAUUUUCUGACUGGCGUAACUGUCCCAACUGAGCGAAUGAUUCGAUCUGGCUAUGAGCGCACAUUUCCUCGAAACGCAGAAAUGGUGCUGGCGGAAUAUAAAAGAUCACCAAUCUUGGUUCAGAUGACUGCAGAAUACGAUUAUCCAACAACAGCGCUUGCAAAAGAACGAACCGAAGCAUUCAAAGAAUCAGUGGCCCAUGAGAAGCACCCGCGCGUCCCAAAAUCCAGUGCUCUGACUACGGAUUUCUUAACACAAGUCAAAGCGGCGGUCAUCCGCCAGUAUCAAAUAAUCUGGGGUGACAAAGCCACCUUUCUCAUCAAGCAAAUCUCAACUCUGGUACAAGCGUUCGUCUCAGGCUCAGCUCUAUAUAAUGCUCCGGGGAAUAGCGGCGGUUUGUUCUUGAAAUCUAGUGCCCUGUUCUUCGCGAUUCUUUUUAAUACCUUGAUGGCUAUGAGCGAAGUGACCGAUUCAUUCGCCGGCCGUCCAGUUCUCAUCAAGCAUAAAUCCUUUGCAUUUUAUCAUCCUGCGGCUUUCUGCGUCGCACAGAUCGCAGCCGAUAUCCCUAUUAUCUUCUUUCAGGUUAGUAUCUUCUCAGUCAUCUUUUAUUUCUUAGUGGGCUUGACGACUACUGCAAACGCCUUCUUUACCUAUUGGAUCAUAGUUGUCGCAGCCACGAUGUGCAUGACUGCUAUGUUUCGAGCCAUCGGGGCCACUGCUCAAACAUUUGAUUCGGCGUCCAAGAUUUCCGGUCUCAUCAUCACUGCAACAGUCAUGUACACCGGCUUCUUGAUCCAAAAGAUGGCGAUGCACCCGUGGUUUGUCUGGAUCUACUGGAUCGAUCCACUUGCCUAUGCCUUUGAAGCGCUGCUCGCCAAUGAAUUUCAUGACAAGAUUAUUCCGUGCGUUGGAAAUAACCUGAUCCCCAAUGGCCCGAGUUAUUUGAAUUCGCAGGCAUUUCAGUCUUGUGCUGGCGUUGGUGGGGCGAUUCAAGGUGAGACUGUCGUACAUGGAGACAACUACCUCGCGUCAUUGGCCUACAGCCAUGCGCAUGUCUGGCGCAACUUUGGCAUCAUCUGGGCAAUGUGGUUCCUGUUUGUCGCUACUACCGUCGUCGCCACCAGCCGCUGGCGCUCCUCUUCGGAGAAAGGACCAUCCUUGCUCAUUCCUCGCGAAAACUUGAAAACGGUCCGGAUUAAGCAGUCAACCGAUGAAGAAUCACAGACACAAGGGAAAGACGGCUCGACAAGCGACUUUGAUAAUACUACCACGGAUGCUGAGGGAAAUCAGAACUCAGAUAUUGACUAUAGGCUGAUUCGAAACACCUCGGUCUUCACUUGGAAAAAUUUGACCUAUACAGUGAAAACUCAGUCUGGUGAUCGUGUCCUACUGGACAACGUGCAGGGUUGGGUCAAGCCAGGAAUGCUGGGAGCACUGAUGGGAUCAUCGGGUGCCGGCAAAACCACGCUGCUGGAUGUAUUGGCUCAGCGCAAAACCGAUGGCACCGUUCAUGGAUCGAUUAUGGUCGAUGGUCGGCCGCUGCCAGUCACUUUCCAACGAUCUGCUGGUUAUUGCGAACAACUAGACGUGCAUGAACCCUUUGCAACGGUCCGUGAGGCUUUGGAAUUUUCUGCCCUUCUCCGUCAACCACGAGAUGUUCCUCGUGAGGAGAAGCUGAAAUAUGUUGAUGCUAUCGUCGACCUCCUCGAACUCCAUGAUAUAGCAGACACUCUUAUUGGACGAGUUGGUGCAGGCUUAUCAGUUGAGCAGAGGAAGCGUGUGACUAUUGGGGUGGAAUUGGUCGCCAAACCAAGCAUCCUCAUUUUUUUAGAUGAGCCCACUUCUGGUCUUGAUGGACAAUCAGCCUUCAAUACUGUAAGAUUCUUGAGGAAGCUGGCUGAUGUUGGCCAAGCGGUGUUAGUCACUAUUCAUCAACCUUCCGCACAGCUCUUCGCCCAAUUUGAUACACUUCUUCUGCUCGCGAAAGGUGGGAAGACUGUGUAUUUUGGCAACAUCGGCGACAAUGGACAAACACUGAAGGAUUACUUCUCUCGAUACGGAGUACCUUGCCCUCCAGAGGCCAACCCUGCAGAGUAUAUGAUUGAUAUUGUGUCUGGAAGCUUGUCACAAGGCCACGAUUGGAAUAAAAUAUGGCUUGAGUCUCCUGAGCAUAUCAGGGUGACGAAGGAACUUGAUCAAAUCAUUGCAGAUGCUGCCGCUAAACCACCAAGCACAGUGGAUGAUGGUCAUGAAUUUGCGACAUCACUCUGGGAUCAGUGCAAGCUGGUCACUCACAGAAUGAACAUCUCAUUGUACCGGGAUACUGAUUAUCUCAACAAUAAGUUCAUGCUGCAUAUCACCACGUCCUUAUUCAACGGUUUCACUUUCUGGAUGAUUGGGGACACUGCUAGUGACCUACAAAUGCGCCUCUUCACCAUCUUCAACUUCAUAUUCGUGGCCCCUGGUGUCAUUGCCCAACUGCAGCCCUUCUUCAUUGAUCGACGAUCGAUCUAUGAAGCGCGCGAGUCGAAGUCAAAGAUGUACUCGUGGAAGGCAUUUGUCACCGGACUCAUUACAUCUGAGAUGCCAUACCUGUGCAUUUGCGCUGUGCUCUACUUCUUGUGUUGGUACUAUACUGUUGGAUUUCAGCACGACUCGAAUCGGGCAGGUGCCACAUUUUUCGUGAUGUUGAUGUAUGUGUUCCUGUACACCGGCCUGGGUCAGAUGAUCGCCUCAUAUGCUCCUAAUGCUGUUUUUGCUGCCCUUGCCAACCCGCUUAUUCUCGGGACUUUGGUGACUUUCUGUGGUGUGGUCAUACCGUACCCAGAAAUCGAGGUCUUCUGGCGGUUCUGGUUGUACUACUUGAACCCAUUCACCUACAUGAUCGGCAGUCUGCUCACAUUUAACAUGUGGGAUAUCGAUGUCACCUGCUCUGAAUUAGAGCUUGCCAUCUUCAAUCCUCCAAGCGGAACAACCUGCGGACAGUAUCUCGCCGAUUAUAUGCAAGGACUGGGAUCAGGCACAAACUUGCUCAACCCAGAUUCUACGUCAAACUGUAAAGUAUGCGAGUAUCGGACGGGAAGCGACUACCUCAUGAGUAUCGACAUCACGCACUACUAUGACGGCUGGCGAAACGCUGGUAUUGUCGUUAUCUUUAUCAUCUCCUCCUAUUCUCUGGUCUAUGGGAUGAUGAAACUUCGCACAAAGACUUCCAAGAAGGCUGAGUAG